AUGGUACCCAAGUCUGCCUCCAUUUUCGCUCGCUCGUCAAGAGCCAAUGUACCAAAAAUGCCGCCGCAACGUCACAAGCACCAGCCGUAUCGUCUUCAAUGCCCUGACUGCCCCAAGGAGUUCCGCAACAUGUCAGGGCUCACUCAGCACCGCAAUUCAGCUCAUAUUCGACUACCAUCUGCUUCUCUAUCUCCUCCACCGACAGAGCGCUUGCCAUCACCCGAACUUGCAGAUUUAGCAGCACCAUUAGAAGUACCUAUGGAAGACAUUGCCGAACCUCCAAGAGGGGCGCAUCGCAUUUAUCACCGAGACAUCAAUGCCCUUCCUUGUGAUAUUCACGGACAUAACCUCCCUCCUGGAACACCUCCGCCACCACGUCAUGAGCAAGAUGGUGUUGAUAAAGACAAUGACUGGUUUCCGUUUCAUGACCGUCUGGAAUUCGAAACAGGGGAGUUUCUCUUCAGGCGGCAGCACAUGUCAAAUAAUGGCAUAGACGAACUGAUGGACCUAUGGGCUGCAUCGCUACUUAAGCAUCAUGCUGAGCCCCCAUUUUCUAGUCAUGGAGAUUUGGACUCAGUUCUUGAUUCUAUCAAGGUCGGUAAUGUUCCAUGGCAAUCAUUCCAUGUAUCAUACACCGGCCAACUUCCUAAUGCUGCUGUCACACCGCCAUGGAUGCUCGACAAGUAUGAUGUCUGGUUCCGAUCUCCGCAUGUGCUCUUUCGAAACAUGAUCAGCAACCCGGACUUCGAAGGUGAUGUUGAUUACUGCCCUUAUCAGGAAUUCGACAAGAAUGGGGAGCGAAUCUGGAAGAAUCUCAUGGGAGCGGACUUCGCAUUUGAGCAAUGUAAUACUAUUGCAGAAGACCCCACAAACCAUGGGUCUAUGUUUGUGCCAAUCAUUCUCGGAAGCGACAAGACUACGGUCUCUGUCGCUACCGGUCAAAAUGAAUAUUAUCCCCUCUAUGGAUCAAUCGGAAAUGUUCACAAUCAUGUAAGACGUGCUCACCGUAAUGCCCUCGUCUUAAUCGGCUUCCUUGCAGUCCCAAAAACAGAACGGAAAUACUCAAACAGCGCUCUAUUCCGGAAGUUCCGACGACAACUAUUCCAUUCAUCACUGUCGGCAAUCCUUCAAUGCCUGAAGCUGGCGAUGACCACUCCUGAGGUUACCCGAUGCUGGGAUGGUCAUUAUCGUCGAGUGAUCUAUGGGCUUGGCCCGUACAUUGCAGAUUACCCUGAGCAAGUGCUCUUGGCAUGCAUUGUUCAGGGGUGGUGUCCAAUCUGUACAACUCCCGCAAAGGAGCUAGAUGGUCCCUUGCAGAUACCACGAAGCCGUGAACAUACUGAACUCCUUGUAGACCUCCUUACUCCAAGAGUACUAUGGGACGACUAUGGAAUUGUCGCAGAUCUUAUUCCAUUCACCAAUGAUUUCCCUCGCGCUGACAUCCAUCAGCUUAUCUCACCGGAUCUACUUCACCAGAUCAUUAAGGGCUGCUGGAAGGAUCAUCUCGUAACGUGGGUGUGCGACUAUCUUAUUCUUACGCAUGGCAAAACGCGCGGACAUGAGAUUAUGGAUGAUAUUGAUCGCCGAAUAGAAGCUGUUCCUACCUUUUCGGGCCUGCGUCACUUUCAUCAAGGUCGUGACUUCAAGCAAUGGACCGGGGACGACUCCAAGGCUCUUAUGAAGGUUUAUUUGCCUGCCAUUGCUGGCCAUGUCCCGCAACAAAUGGUCAAAACACUGGCCGCUUUUCUCGAAGUAUGUUAUCUUGUCCGUCGUGAUGAGAUAGACCGCGCUACUCUCGCCCAGAUUGAGGAUGCGCUAGCCCGGUUCCGACAGCAUCGCCAGAUCUUCAAGGCGACAGGUGUUCGUGAUGACUUCUGCCUUCCACGGCAGCAUGCACUGGAGCAUUAUGUCAGGCAUAUACAACGCUUUGGGGCCCCAAAUGGCUUGUGCUUGUCAAUCACAGAGUCCAAACACAUCAAGGCAGUAAAAGAGCCAUGGAGGAGCUCGAACCGAAACAACCCCUUAGGCCAGAUGCUCCUCGCAAACCAGCGUCUCGACAAGUUGGCGGCGGCUCGCGUUGACUUCCACAGUCGAGGGAUGUUGUUUGGGACUUGCCUAGAUGCCGCUUAUGCAGAAUUUAUACAACUAAAUGAAGCAGAGGCAGGUCUCGACAACGCCAAUGAAGACCACGAGAAUGCCGAUGAAGACCACGAGGAUGUCAAUGAAGACCACGAGGAUGCCGAUGAAGGCCACGAAGAUUUAGAUGAAGGUUGCGGGGCGGCCAACGAAGGCUGCGAGGAUGCUGACGAAGGAGAUGAGGAUGUGGGUGCUGUGGCAGGGCACACCGUCGAAAAUUAUGUGGUCCUCGCGAAGAAACGACAACCAGGCUAUGCACAGACUCUAGAUGCCCUCGGCAUUCAUAUUGGCCAUCCUCGACUCCUAGAGCUUACACGGCAAUUUUUAUUCGAACAGCUCCACCCAAAUGGCCCUCCAGCUUCCACUAUUGCCCUCAACCUCUGCCCUAUCGUGACGGAUCGUCGUGUCAGCGUUUAUCAUUCUGCAACAGCCAUUUUCUACGCACCAAGUGAUCCAUCUGGCAUCGGAGGCAUGCGGCGCGAGGUUAUACGGGCAACACCAUCGUGGCGUCAUGGUCCCAGCCGUUACGACUGUGUUUAUUUACAGAUGGAUGCAGAGCACCAGGGUUUCCGUGGAUUGAACGCCGUCCGUGUGCGCCUUUUCUUCCGUUUUCGGUUCCAUGGGCGGACUUACCCUUGUGCUCUCGUUGAGUGGUUCUCGGCCAUUGGUGAUGAUCCCGAUGAGGACACUGGUAUGUGGAUUGUUGAACCUGACCUUGACAUCGACGGAAAUCAUGCCACCUCGGUUAUUCAUCUCGAGUCUAUUGUGAGGGCCGCACACCUCAUUCCUGUAUAUGGGGAAGAAUUCCUACCGCCGCAUGCUGUUGACCCAUCUAGUGCGCUUGAUGCAUACGCCGCUUACUUUGUUAACAAAUUUGUAGACCAUCAUGCACACUGGCUCGCAUUUUAG